AUGGUUAGCUGUGCUGUAGCUAAUUGUAAGAACACCUCGGCUAAAAUAUCAAAAAACAAAGAUGGGAUAACAUUUCACAGAUUUCCUAGAGACAGCGAGAGACGUAAGCAAUGGGAGAUAGCUGUCAAUCGAGAAGAUAAUUGGUCCUCAACAUCUUCGAGUGCUGUUUGCUCUGAACAUUUCAAUGCGGAAGACUUCUAUUUAACUGAGAGUGGAUUACGGAGACUUUCUAUGAAUGCUGUGCCAGCUCUUAAUAUAUCUCCAUGUCAAGCUUCAGAACCGUCCAUCUCAAGAAUCGAACUGGUUGAUGUUCACCCAACAGACUCUGAAGAGGUAAUCAAUCUAAAAUAUAAGGUUCGGAGACUAGAAAUCAUAGCAGAGAACAGGAAAAAGAGAUUGAAUUUAAUGUGGCAGAAAAAAAGAAGAUUACGAAAAAAGUUACAAAGAAUGAAAUUUAUGAUCAGACAUCUGAUCAGAAAUAAACAAGAUACUAUAGGUCGUGGGUUGCUUGUUUCACCCGUGAGGUCAUUUGGCCCAACGUGA